AUGAGGUUUCUAGUGACAGAAUCUCUCAUUGCGGGCUUCUUGCUGGUCUCGUCAACUGAGGCAUUCAACGCGCAAUUGGGAGUAACCUCGCUUUCGCCACAAACAACAACAACGAGUCUUCAAGCGACAAAAACUGACGAACUUGCCAUUCAGAAAGCGAAAUUAUUCAAGCUGCUCGGGACAAAACCAUCGACAGACAAUGUGUUGGAAGAUCCUGUUACCAAGGAACCAAUCGAGAUAUCGGCCUCUGGUGCUCUGCUUGGAGGUGACUCUCGAAGCAGAGUUCCAUACACCGUGAAAUCUGCCAGCAACUCAUUCAAAGGGAGCUCGGACAGCUUCAUCGACUUGCUCGAGCCAGCCACGGAAGGGGAAAACACUUCAUCCAGCUCCUCAUCGUCUCCACUGAACGACUUUCUGCAGAGGGCGUCGCCCUACGUCCCAGUUCCACUGAGAGGUCCCUUGGCAUCUCUGACGGAUGGAGAGUACAUUCCCAUGAGAGACUUGUUCACAAGUCCAGCCGUUUCCUUCGCAUAUGAGAGAGGUUGGCGACAAGGUUUCGCCCAAGCUGGAUUCCCUGGACCUGACAUCGAAGCUGAAAUGGCCAUGGAUUACUUUGCACCUGUAGCAGCAGUUGCCCCUGGUGGCUUUUCAAAGUCUGUGAUUGUUGAUAUGAGUUGUGCCACUGGUUUGUUCACUCGUCGGUUUGCCUCUACUGAUCGAUAUGGACGUGUCUUGGGUUGUGACUAUUCCGAAUCCAUGCUGACCGAAGCCAGAAGACGCAUCAAAGAACAACGGUCCUUGGCCAAGUUGAAAACCACCAAGUUGGAUUUGGUGCGAUUGGAUGUGGGCCAGAUCCCAAUGCGAAAUGAAUCCAUUGAUUGCCUUCAUGCUGGCGCUGCCAUGCAUUGCUGGCCUGACUUGGACUCCGCCUUUACUGAGAUUUACCGAGUGUUGAAGCCAGGAGGUCGAUACUUUGGUACCACUUUCUUGUCAAGCUACUUUGCGACACUUAGUUCCAUGGAUGGGCAGGGAAGCAAUGUGCCAUCUCAACAAGCCUUCCAAUAUUUCGAAUCGGUUGACUCAUUGGAAGCACUUGUGGCAAAGGGUGGGUUUGACAGAAGCAAAAUCCAAAUUGAAGUUUUGGGAAAUGCCUGCGCUGUGAUUCGAGCUGAAAAGUAG